AUGAGGUUCUCACACAUCCUUCCUCUGGCUGCUUUGAGCGCUGCAUUUGUUGUUCCCAACGAGCAAGUCUUCAGCGAACUCUCCAUCGAUGACACAACCCACGCUCGUGCAAACCAGGGAGCCUGGUCGGAGCAGGUUCUCUCUGAGCUGAAGAACGACUUUGCUGAAGCCGAGAAGGGCAUCAAGGAGGCGUCAAACAAUGCCAAGCAUGCUCUCGAUGAGGCCUUCAGCUCUGCUUCGGACAUUGGAAACGCAAUGACGACCAAGUUCCAAGAGACUGCUUUUGAUGCCAAGUCAUGGUUCGAGUCUGCUGCCAACAGUGCAUACGAUGCUCUGGACAGCCAUGAGCACCCCCACCCUCCUCACCACGGGGACGACCCUCACCACGGUGGUCCCCACCACGGCCACAAGCCUAACGAGACCGUCUGGCAAUUGCUUAGCUCUUCCAAGUACACUGAGAAGUUCUCUAAGCUCAUCAGCGAAUACCCCGACCUGGUCGAGAAGCUUAACUCCACCAAAUCUGGAAACUUGACUGUGUUCGCUCCAAAGGAUACUGCAUUCCCUGACCACCAUCCCCACCACAAGCCAUCAAAGGAAAUGAUCAAGAAGUUCAUCGAGUAUCACAUCAGUGACGACUUCUAUCCUGCUGGCAGAGUUCUAAUCACCCACACCAUCCCUACUCUCAUGGAGGGUGAGAACUUGCCUGGAAAGGCUGCUCAGAGACUCAGCGUCCACCUCGGUCUCAGAGGCCUGACCAUCAACUUCUACUCUCGCAUCGUUGCCGUCAACAUUUUCGGUACCAACGGAGUCAUCCACGGAGUCGACAGCCUCCUCAUUCCUCCUCCCAGAGCCUUCAAGAUCAUUGACCUCCUGCCUUCCGAGUUCUCCACCUUCGAGUUGGCUCUUGGCAAGACUGGUCUCCUUGACGCUUACAACAGCACCGAUCACCCCAGCGGUACUUUGUUCGCUCCUUCCAACUUCGCCUUCCAGAAGCUCGGCCCCAAGAUCAACGGAUUCCUGUUCAGCGAGUACGGCCGCAAGUAUCUCAAGGCCUUGAUCCUCUACCACACUGUUCCCGACAAUGUUCUGUACAGUGAUGCAUUCAUCAAGGCCGAGGGACAUGAUGGCAUCCCUAAGGGUCACUGGCAUGUUGACCUUCCUACCGCCCUGGAGGAUCACUCGUUGUCGGUCGACGUAGGAAGAUAUGGCGGUUUGAUUGAUAUCAAGGUUAACGCCUUCUCUCGCGUCAGCGUGCAGGAUGGCAUCGCCUCAGAUGGAGUGAUUCAGGUCGUCAGCGACGUCUUGAUUCCUCCAAAGAAGCUUGGUAGCGCUAAGCUCAGAAGCACCAACUGGUUCGGAUCUGAGAAGGAGCUUAGCCUCGAGGAGUUCAAGGCCCGCUUCGAGCCUUACGUCGAGAGAAUGGUUGACCUCUAA